AAAAAAAAAAAUUCUCUGUGUCAGCUUCGAAAAGAAUUGUAUUUUUUUAAAGAACUACUCUUCAGUGCGGACAGGAAGUGAUCCUUCCACAAACUGCUUCUGUGAAAACACAGCACAGCCUGAAGCUAUCCGCCACCCCCCCUCACCGCUCCCGUCCUCUCUGCUACAGUGCAGGGGGCUCCUCCAGCUGUAGUUCUCACCCAACGUGUGCUCUCUGCUGUGUGUGUGCGUGUAUAGGAUUGGUGGUGAGUUAGCUUGCGCUGUAUACAGAGCAUCGCAGCCCAUGUGCUCUGUAUGGAUGUUGAUGUUGCGCUGUGUAGCUUGAACCACCACAAGCAGGCAAGAUGUCCAGCACACCUCAUGAUCCGUUCUAUUCCUCUCCUUUUGGACCGUUUUACAGGAGACACACGCCGUACAUGGUACAGCCAGAGUAUCGGAUAUAUGAGAUGAACAAGAGACUACAGUCGCGCACAGAGGAAAGUGACAACCUCUGGUGGGAUGCCUUUGCCACUGAGUUUUUUGAAGAUGACGCUACAUUGACACUUUCAUUCUGUUUGGAAGAUGGACCAAAAAGAUACACUAUUGGAAGGACUCUCAUCCCUCGGUAUUUCAGUACCGUCUUUGAAGGAGGCGUCACAGACCUAUAUUACAUUCUCAAACACUCCAAGGAGUCAUUUCACAACUCCUCGAUCACAGUGGACUGUGAUCAAUGCACCAUGGUCACCCAGCAUGGAAAGCCAAUGUUUACAAAGGUCUGUACUGAAGGUCGUCUGAUUCUGGAGUUCACAUUUGAUGAUCUCAUGAGGAUUAAGGCAUGGCACUUUACAAUCAGACAGUACAGAGAAUUGGUCCCACGCAGUAUAUUAGCAAUGCAUGCGCAGGACCCUCAGGUGCUGGAGCAGCUGUCUAAAAACAUCACUCGAAUGGGCCUGACCAACUUCACCCUCAACUACCUCAGGUUGUGUGUAAUAUUGGAACCAAUGCAGGAACUGAUGUCUAGGCACAAAACCUACAACCUAGGCCCAAGAGACUGUCUGAAAACUUGCCUUUUCCAGAAAUGGCAAAGAAUGGUGGCACCACCAGCAGGACACCCACAGAACUUCAAAACGGAAAUUUUCACAACAAAUCACAAAAAAGCAGAACCCACAAGACAGACGACAACAAAGAGGAGAAAACGGAAGAACUCAGCGAGCAGCGCCUCCAACAGCAGCCUCGGAAAUAACAGCAAGAAGAGGAGCCCUGCCAGCAACUUCAGCCUGUCCAGUCAGGUACCUGACGUAAUGGUGGUAGGUGAGCCGACGCUGAUGGGAGGGGAGUUCGGGGACGAAGAUGAGCGACUCAUCACGCGGCUGGAGAACACGCAGUAUGACGCAGCGAAUGGCAUCGACGACGAGGAAGACUUCAACAACUCUCCCGCACUGGGCAACAACAUCCCCUGGAAUAGCAAGCCCCCCAAUAACCAGGAUUCCAAGCCAGAAAACACAGCUGCGCAGCCGUCCCAGUAAAGAAUCCGUGCGAGCAAUAGCCCUGGCAGCCUCGGGCAGCUUUGUGGGCUGUUCUGACAACAUACUGUACUCUGUGGGUAUAAAGUUAGCGCUGUACUCUUUAGUGUUACAAGGUUAAGAAACAUAUGUGGGAAAUUAUAUCCUUGUUAACAUUGAAGUGAAAUAUAGGACUGCAACUAUACAUAUUAUAAAUACACAUUUUUACAUACACAUGAGAUAAUGUGUGCAACAAAUAGCUGGAGAAUGGAAGACUUUUCUAGCACUGUACAUAUCCCAUCUGAACACUGUUGUGGGCGUCAAAGAAGCAAUUGGGGUUGAAGCGGACAGUUUGGUUGGUAUGGCACUUGCACGGUUACUGUAGACUUGGGAAUAUCUCACAGUUCUGCCUGACGCCAUGUCUUGGGAAUUUUUGUGAUGGCAUAAAAACAAAAAGAGAACAUACUUAAGGAAAAUGACCUCCUUCAUACAAGUGAAAAGUCCAGUAUAAAAUGUAAUAAUAGGUUUGCUAAAAACAUUUUUUUUUUCAAACAUAAAUGAGUUAAACAACAACACAUUUGAUUUAAAGGAAAGGCAGCCUCAUUUAUUGAAUUUUAAAAGAUCUUGUUUAUAACACCCGAUAAUCUGAACCAAUGUGAUCUUUAUGACAGUAUUUGUUCAGUUGUUUGUAAAAUAUUAUCUACAUCUCUCUCUCUCUCUCUCUCUCUCUCUCUCUCUCUCUCUCUCUCUCUCUCUCUCUAUAUAUAUAUAUAUAUAUAUAUAUAUAUAUAUAUAUAUAUAUAUACACACACUGCUGUGCAAAAGUCUUAGACAUGUUGCAUUUUUCACCUGUGCCACUUCUGCCAGUUCUGUUGUCAAUUCAACGCUUGUCUUCUUUCUAUUCCUUAAGGAUAUUCUGUUCAAGUAUUGCUUAUCCUUGUUAGACAGCUUUUUGGGUCUUCCAGUCCUGGGUUUGUCAAUUACAGAUGAUGUUUCUCUAUACUUGUUGAUUAUGCUUUGGAUACCACACCUUGAAAAUCAAGUGAUGCAAGCUAUUUCAUUCAAUGUUUUUUCUUCUUUAUGCAAGUCAAGGUUGUUAUAGUAGUAGAAAACACAAGUGAAGGCUUUGAGUAAAUUAUUGCUGCUCAUAAUGCAUCAGAGUAGAAAAAUGCAACAUGUCUAAGACUUUUGCACAGCAGUGUGUGUGUGUGUGUAUAUAUAUAUAUAUACACACACACAAACUACACAAACACUAUUUACAUUUAGGGCUUUCGCCCUGCCCCAUAUAUAUUCACAGUCGAUUCUCGUUCAAACAAACUUGGAUUAGACAAAUUUCCUGAUAGUACAAAUUUUCUACAAGGUCCCGCCUCAGUUUAGCAGUCGCUUAUUAUAAAUGACUUCUGUAACAUGAAUUCACUUAACACGAAUUUCCUGUCAGUGAAAAUGAUUUUGGAACCCCCCGGGGAAGUAAAAUGUUAAUAAAACGAAACACCGUCGUUUGAAGAGCUGGGUGUAAAGGAUAUUGGGAAAUGUAUUAACUUGCAUCCAGAUUAGAGCCUGUGUUCUGUAUUUUAGUGCUGUUUGCAGACUUCAGAUCCUAUGCAUUACGAGUUGCCCUGGUGCUCAUGCAAAAACGUGCAUUAUGAUUACAUACAAGAAAAAGAAAGAUGUUGCUACAGAUUUCAACAUUCCCACAAACACUUUGUAAGCCAGUAAAAAAAAAAAAAAAAAAAAAACAGGA